ACUGCCUAGAAUGGAGAGCAGCGAGGUCAUAUCAACUGACAAAGCUACAGUUAUCAUCCAAGUCAAUCCACAGGUGGCACAACAUGGUGUUAUUUCUGAGGAUAGACAGCAGACCGGAGGAGCAUAUCACAAUACAGCUCUCUCAGCAUUUAUCAGAGCACAACCAAAGGCACUGGGGACCGUCCAGAUAAUGACUGGAGUGAUGAUUUUCCUAUUUGGUAUUGUACGCACCAUUGACUAUGAUUACCGUCACCCUAUUUCUGUUUUUUAUGGCAUAACCUACUGGGGAUCCCUUAUUUACAUCAGUGCUGGCUCGCUGUCUGUUUCUGCGCAGAAUAAACUUCAUCUGUGUGUGGUGAAAGGCUCUCUUAUAAUGAAUGUGAUCAGUGCCAUAACUGCAGCGAUCGCCAUUGUUCUGAUGAGCAUAGAGAUUCACUACUUGUUAAUGUAUCGAUGCAGAUAUGAAUACAGCUGCACAUUGAAGAGAACUGAUCUGGGGAUCAUUGGAAUAUUGCUGGUGUUCUCCAUCCUUCAGUUCAUCAUCUCCAUCUUUAUCUCAGGAUUUGCCUGCAAAGCCACCAGCAACACAGACUCUACAGUGAUAAAUGUGGCACUUAACAAGGGAAACUGA